CUCCGACCACCCUCCCAACCCCCAGCACAACCCGCAGCGAGGAAGUCGAGUCGGGGUGUCCGCAGUUGCACGGGCCGCCCGGGUCUCCAUCACCACCUGCCGCCCUAGUUCACGCUCAUUCACAUUCAUUCGCAUUCUCUCCCCCUCUCCCUCUCUCUCCAAAGACUCCUAACAAGACAGGCCAGUCGUCCUCCGUGGCACUCCCUUUCAUUCAUCCCCUCCCACCACCACACACACGCGCGCGCGCGCGCACACACACGCACACACACACACACACACCCCAACCCAGACAGCCCACUCCACUUCUCAGACGCCCACCUCCUGCGGACUCCCCUCCCCUAAACAGACUUCCACCCACUCGCCAGCUGUAGCCUCCCUCCCACCCGCGCGGCUUCCUUUCCCCAAGAAGCAGACCCGCACAGUGGGAGGCAGGGCCCCAGCCAGACGCGCGGCUGGAGCGCGCGGUACUGACCUCUGCCCGCCCGGGAAACUAACAAAGGCGGUGCGCGAGCCCAGACCCCCACAGCUGCGAGCGGCGGCCGCGGGCCGGGCCUGGCGAGCGCCGGGCGGGGACUGCUCCGGAGUCAGGAGGCAGCGGAGCCGGAGGACGCGGAUCUCUGGCCGCGAGCGCCGCUCGGACGCCGCCGGCACCAUGGGCUGCUGCACCGGGCGCUGCUCGCUUAUCUGCCUCUGUGCGCUGCAGCUGCUCUCAGCAUUAGAGAGGCAGAUCUUUGACUUCCUUGGCUUCCAGUGGGCACCUAUUCUUGGAAAUUUUCUACAUAUAAUAGUCGUCAUAUUGGGUUUGUUUGGAACCAUUCAGUACAGACCUCGAUACAUUGUGGUGUAUACAGUAUGGACUGCCCUCUGGGUCACCUGGAAUGUGUUCAUUAUCUGCUUUUAUUUGGAAGUCGGUGGGCUCUCUAAGGAUACAGAUCUAAUGACGUUCAACAUUUCUGUACACCGGUCGUGGUGGCGGGAACAUGGACCUGGUUGUGUCCGAAGGGUGCUGCCUCCAUCAGCCCACGGCAUGAUGGAUGAUUACACGUAUGUCUCCGUCACAGGCUGCAUUGUCGAUUUCCAGUACCUGGAGGUCAUCCACAGUGCCAUCCAAAUACUACUCUCUUUGGUUGGUUUUGUGUAUGCCUGUUAUGUGAUCAGUAUUUUCAUGGAAGAAGAAGACACCUUUGAUUUCAUAGGUGGACUUGAUGCACACUCCUACCACCAGGAUCAUGUUGAGUUAAAGCCUAGGAAACCUGUCGAAAUAAGUAAUAACAUCAACUCUGAAAUGUGGCUGCUGAACUUGAUGUAGGAGGCAAACACCGCAGACAGCACCUCCCUGCAUCAAUGCGUCUCACUGUUUUCCAGAGGAUUGACUACACCCUCCUGCUUUCCCAUGAAUCCCGGAGGUCUUCAGUCACAACCUACAUAUUAUUAGUAUUGUUCACUAGAUGAGAUGUAGGUGCUGGGGUGGGUAUUUUUUUAAUCACCUUCUUCUUAUAUGAAUACUUAUAAAUUGUUAAAAAAUUGUUUUUUAAUUUUUUAAUAAUAUCUAAUGUGAAGCAUGCAAAAUGAAAAUUUCCAUGAAAACCUGCUACAGUCAAUGCUGAGAGAAACAUUGGUUUAUAUCGCUGAAGUGUUAAGUCAGUAUUGCUGAGUGCUGCCGUUAUCCUAGGCUUGAUGGAUUUUGCAUUGGCAGACAUUACCUGGGGUUAUUAGACAUGAACUUAGAUGCUGUGACAUCUCAGAAAUGAGUACAACAGUAGAUCUGGCCUUCAGGCCAAGUAGAGAUCAUAUUUCCAACCCUGAAAGAAAAAACAUGGAGUCCUCCUUUGUUCUUGACUUUCCAAAAUCCAGAAUAAUACUGUUAAUCUAAAUUUUCAGAUUCGUGCAUAUUAUCUUGUUCUUCCUGUGUGUUCUGAAAAAUAUUUAUCAAGGGCAUAUGAAAGAGUGAAAUGAUUAGUAGAAUAUUUUUGCCCUUUGGAGGGAAGAUGGUAUCUCUGAGUUUCAUAUUUUCUACUCUUUAUCCCAGUCCUGACACUGGUCAUACAAACAGUGUAUGUAACACCUAAACAUACAGCUUGUGGGCUUCUGGGACAGAAAUCACAACCAUAAAUCUGCAACCAGGAAACCAGGAACAUUGUUAAGAAAUUCAAAAGGAGCAUUAAAACAGGGUGCAAAUCUCUAUAAAUGUUUCUAAAAACAAUAUUUGUAUUUGUUCUACAUCAACUUCUCUUUCUCCUACUCCAUUCCAAAAACCAAGAAAAUGACAUGGGAAACAUAAUUUUCCAUGGAAAAAUGGAUUGUUUUGAAAACACAUCUCAGCUUUUUCUGUUCAUGUCUUUCAAUGACUAUUUCACAUAUCAAAAUAAGUUUUGCAAACUUUGUAUACCAACCAAGGUGAGGCCUCCUGUAAAACUGUGUAUAGGUAGUUGUUAAGUUGGCCCAUACAUCUUUAAGAAGUCAGUCUAUAAACCAUCUAGAAUUUUAUGCAGAUUUUUGUAUGUGUGUAGAGGUUCCUUUUUUCUUCUUUUUUGGAGUCCAUGUAUUUUAUGAGAGUCUGCUAAGAAUCAGAACUUAUGCAGCAAAGUCUGCCUUGCUUCCUCCCACUUGAUGACAAGCACUGUGGUCCCUCUGGAGGCCUGUUUGACUCACCUUAUGCCCCCUCAGUCAACUGGCACCCACUGGAUCCCAUCACUUUCAUCUGCUGACUAAGCUCAAAUUCAAAAGGAAGAGGAGCUAGCAGGGACCUGGGAGAUAGUCAAACCCAAGCCACCUUUGCACAGCUGAGGGGGCUGAAGCCUAGGGGAACUGGUGGAUUUGUCCAGAGUUCUGCAUGUAGACAGAAAACAAAGCAAGGAGAUCCUACAGGGCAAAAGGAACUUGGGUUUCAGGUCCAUCCAUCACUGUGGCCUUGGACAGUGUUGGACAUCUCGGCCCUGGAAAUUUCCUCAUCUAGAGUAGAACUGCAAUCUGUACCUCCCAGGGUGAAGUGAAGAUCAGAUGACAAUGUAGAGAAUACUCUGUAAACUGUGAAGCACUCCACAGUGAUAAUGACAGCUAUCACUGUAAUGUCUGAACAAUGAGUUGGACCCUGUCUGGAGCUCUUGCUGUACACCCUAAAGCUGUGAAAAGACCACAGAAACACCAACCUCUUCUAAGUUUCCUAAAAAGUAGCUUGGAAAACUUGCCCAUGUUUCAGCAAUUAGAAAUAAUGCAGACUAAAAAUUGCAUUUCUAAAAAAGAAAAACUCAUAUUCAAAUUCCAAGAUUAAUACAUAAUAGUAUUAUUAGAGAAAGCUAAUAGAAUAUACAAAACCUAGAAAAUCAGUAAGGCAGAAUAAAAGUAGUAUUUAAAUAUUCAAAAGUGCCAUUUCAUUACUUCCCCAUGUACAAAGAAGAAGUUAACAUUUCACAAAAUAGUACCAUACUAAUUUUUGUUACUGUUUUACCUUCAUGUAAAUUUAUACAUGCUUCCAAGAUGCACUGCAGAGUCCUAGAUCUUGUUUAACUGAGGGUAACAAAUUUGAGGAGGAAUUCCUUACAUUAGUGAUUUUUCUAUGAUAUUCAAUAUAGGCAACUACUUAAUGUGGAAUGUUUAAGUUUUUAAUCUUUCAUUUAAAUAAAUUAUAACGGUUUCAAUCCCCAACCCCAGUAAUCCAUUAUGAUCAUUUUGAAGUUCCACAAAAUUUGACCCACAUCAGAAACAAGUGAGAUACACCUCCGACUCAUUUCCCUCCCACUGUCUUCUCCCUGCCUCUCCUCUCCCUGGCUUCUUGUUAGAGGCUCUGCCUACUUAUGACAGAGGGAUGGAAAGAAGCACAGCACUGUGCAGUCACACUCAGCAGUCACCCUGUGACCUGGGUAACUCCAGCGCAAGACCGUCACCACUCCUGCUCCUUAGGAGCGAGCAUUUCCAGCUCUGGCAGCUUUUGCCUCCUGUUUUAGGGAAUCUGCUCUGCACUGUGCCUCAUACAGAAAGGCUUUCAACAAAAGUGAACUCUAUCUCCGUUCUUGCCAAAUCUCGGCUCCUCUGUAUGCAAGUGUAUGACUGGUCAGAGUGAGGGAAGAUGAAUGCAUCUCUUAGCCUGUACCAGUUUCCAGAAUCUCAGCAUCCUAAUAGAUGGUGUAGCUCCAGGGUCAAGUAGUUUUCUGAGAAGUGAUCCUGGGAAAGCUGAAGAUCAGACAUCCACUGCACGUUAGCCACUAGUGCUGACUGAAGUGUACAAGGGGAACUUAAAUCCAAUGUUUUUUUUGUUCCUCUUUGAACCAUUAUGUCCUGUAAAUCUUGGCCAACCCUGCCCCAGCUCGUCUUCUGUCUUUCAUAGAUGACCUACCCUUUCUUAAGUCUUCUGCUAACAUUGUGUGGAGCCAUAGUUAGCUGGGAUGUUUUCCCACUUACCUUCUAUUUAUUUCAGCUUCCAUUCAUGUUUCAAAGCAGCGGAAGUCAAGCAGGGGAGUUACAGGGUGCAGGGUUUAGAGAAUCCCCAGGAACAGAAUAUGUCUUGCCCAUGGAACAGUCUACAUCAGAGAAAUCUCAAACAUCUCUCGGGAAAAGCACUAAGUUAGUCCAUUCCCAAGUAUCUUAGCAUUUUACCUGCCAUGUAAUGUGAGGGUUGUGUCCAUAUGUCCAUACCACUCCAAAUCUGAAGGGCUAUUUGCUCACUUGUUUUGAAGAUAACUUGAUGUCUUGCCUAGAAAAACACUGACUUCUUUCUUUUUUCUUUUAGAAAGUACGUCCCACUAUUUUCUGUAGACCUAAAUAAGGGAGGUGGCCAGCUUCAAGGAGCUGGAGCUAACAAAUGUAACAAGGCUGCCAUCUGUCUCAAUGAAUGGGACACUCAUGAUUGAGAAGAAUUUGUCUUCAUUAGAAUCAGUUAAAAAGUGCAUUGCAAAGCUGAGGAAAACCAUCAAGACGCUGCUAAAUUAAAAAGCAGAUAAAAACCAAAAAUGCUCUUUGCAACCAUUGCAAAUCAGCAAGGAAUCUUGUCAAGAAUAAACAGAUCUUCAUUUUAGACAUACAUAUAUAGAAUGUAUAGUAUCCUAAAGUGUGGACUCACUAUGGAGUCUGACUUAUUACUUCUGAGUUACUUUAGUAUGUAACUUGGGGAACUUUUAUAGUUGAUUAGAAUUCAGAUGUUCUAACUUGACAUUUUGGCCCAAGGUAGUAGUUCCUUUCAAGGCAAAAGUGAAUUAAGUGGUAAAAAAUACAAAUAAUUGAUCUUGAAAACUUGAAUAUCUUUUUCUUCUUAUGUCCUCCCCUUUAAGAGUCAUCUAAAACCUUUGCUCGAUAGGAAAUCUGUGCAAGUGUCUAUAAAUCCUGUUAAAAUAUUUGUGAUCAAUAGGCCCACAACUUAAGGCCCACAACUUAUGUCCAAAAGUAGAACUGAUAAAGGAAAUUACUGCUUAUGUAACUGCACAGUGUGCAAUGCAGAAAGGAAGUAGAAGUAUUUUAAGUAUUAGGAGAAUGUAUUUCUUAAUAAAGAAUCCUCAAAAAAAACAGAUUUCUACAAAAAUUAACAAUUUGUAACAUUUAUUUUUUCAUCUUGAUAAAAUUUAAUUUAUUUAUUGAGGGUGAAGAAAAAAUGCCAUUUCUAGAAGGUGGAAAAAGUUUCUUAAAUACUGAAUGAAAUGUGGAAAAAUGUGAUGACAGGUAAAAAAUGAAUCACCUUCCUUAGACUUGCAGGCAUACAAAAGGCAAAGAUCAUGUUAAAUGAUAAACAUUUUAAAAAUAAAAUAUUCAAAAAAAUCCAAAAUAUGCUUUGGCUUGAACUUGAGAGUUAAUUUAUAUACAAAGAAGAAAAAGAAAGAAGGUAAAAAGGAAGGAAAGGAGAAAAGAAAAGAAAGAACAGGAGGAAGGAAAAUGAAGGAAAGAAGGCUCUAAAAUUGAGUCUAUCUAAUUUGAAUUUGGACAGGUCAAUCCUUAACUCAGAGUUGUUCUUCUUUGAGUGACUAAAAACAAUGAUCUAUUUUAAAUUUAGGACCUGCUUUUCCUUUCCUCUCCAGAGCUAAGUGUUUUAAAAGAGUUUAGAGAAACCAAUGAUCUAUCUGGUCAUAGAACUUGCUUUGGGGGACAACCUUGUCAGUCUAUAUUAUUUAGGAACAGGUCUAUCUACAAGUGACAAAACAAAGAAACUAAUGGUGGCUUAAAUAAGACAGAGGCCUAUAUCCUUUCAUAUUUCAAAGUUCUGGAGGUAGUGAGUAAAGAGCUAGACGAGUUCCCUAGAGAUGGAGACCAGGCUCACUCUCUUUGUUGCUUCAUUAAGUGAUUCUCAAGAUCAUAACAUAACUCAUGGUGGCUGCCAAAGUUCCAGCCUUUGCUUUUGUAUUCCAGCCAAAAAGGAAGAAAACAGACAGAGAAGGGUGCUUUUUAAGGACAUGUCUCAGAAAUUGCACAAACUGUUUCCAUUUAUACCCCAUUAGCCAAAACUGGGCCCAUCCCAAAUAUAGCUGCAAGGAAAGCUGGGAAGCAUAGUUUUUAUUCUUAGCCUUGUGCCUAUCUAAAAAUUAAGGGGUUCAUUUCUUAAUACAAAAGGGAAAUGUGUGGUAAAAAUGCUUAGCAAUCUCUGCCAUACAGUUCAAACUAGUUGGCAUGAUUUUUGAGGAAUAAUGUUUUCAUUUACUUUAAUUGCAAUACAUUACAGAAAAAAAUACAUAUAUCCUUCAAUACUGUGAGGAAUUAUACAUCCACUCUGUGAAAUGAGAAUUUCUACCUCAUCUUUCUGCCUUUCUUCUUAGGAAGAAAAAUAUAAAUCUACGAUGCAAGAUCCUCUGUGUUUCCCAUAAUUCUGCAGAGUAUAUUUUAACUUUCCUGCUCUGGAAAUUGAGUUUAAAAUUCAAGAGCCAAUCUAAUGUAUUGCUUGAUUUUCACUGUUCUGCUACAAAAAUAAAUUAAUUCUUUUAUGGUCAUAAGCCUUCAACUAUUUCGUUUGGCAGCAAUUUGUCUUCUGAAUUGAUUAGUAGUGUCAUCAUUUUCUUUUUAUUCAGUUCAACAAAUAUGUAAUAAACAUUGGUGCUUAGGAAAGUGGGACAGAACACAUAAGUGGAAUGCAUAUGAUCCUUCCUUUUCUAUUAUUUUCUUUCAGUAAAAUUUGGUUCUGUGUUUCUCUUCAUCUGCUUUUCUUCCAGAACCAGUAUCAAUUAGAGUGGAAUGAGUAUUUUAAAUUAUUUGAUAGUCUGUUUCUCUAAGAAAAAAACAUAAUGAGAGAUAUCAUAAAGUUCUUUUAUAAUUAGAUUUCAUGGUACAUUCCUCCCAGGCUCUUCAGUGUGUGUGUGUGUGUGUGUGUGUGUGUGUGUGUGU